ACAUUGUUGCUGAUUCGAAAAUACAAAUAUUCACGUUUAUAGUUUUUAGCAGUUAUAUAAUAUAUUUGAAAUUCAAAAUAAAUUGUCAAGAAGAAUAAUUAUACACACCGCAGCAAACCUGAGAUAACGUUCGCGCACACGUCAGAAUUACGAAUCACGUUAGAAUUCAGCGCCGUUAUGCAAGGAGAAAGAAGUGAAACAACAUUUGAUGGAAGCAGUCAAGCAGUUGAUGACUUUAAUGUUACAGCCAAAGAGGAUAAGAAAAUCGUUACAUUACGAAACAUAUUAGAUAAAGAUCGAAAAGGAGCAGAUCUGAAAUUGAGUUUGUUUGUUGCUGCAUGUCGAAGCUACAGAUACGACUCGUGUUUGAAACCAUUUCCACCUGAGUUCAUCAAUAAUGGCCUUAAAGACAUAGAAUAUUUGCUUGAGGUCAUUGACAAGAUGCCCACAUUGACGCAGCUGGUGCAAGAGCUUUACGACCCAGAUGUGUAUCAGAAAAUUGGGCUGGUGAUUGAUCUGCUCCAUUGGCUUCUGGUGGAACUCAAAGACAUCCAGAUCAAAUCCGUGCCAAAAUCAGAGUUUGGUGCAAUAAUGGGGUGUGUGCACUGUGAGACUGCAGCCCCAGCACCAAACCUGAUCUUCCAGCUGGUUGGUAACCCUUGUGGCACCAACGAGAUGAGGUGGAAGGAAGUUUCCAGAGGCCACAAGACACUGUAUGCCUUUCAUGGCAGUCGCCUCGACAACUUCCACUCCAUCCUGCAUUACGGCCUGCAGAAACACUUCAGCAAGAACUCUCUGUUUGGCCACGGGAUCUACUUGUCCAGUGAACUGAGCGUGAGUCUGCCGUACAGUCCCAUGGGAUAUGGCUGGCGGUGGAGCACUGUGGGUAGAGAGAUGAGCUGCGUUGCACUCUGUGAGGUUGUUGACCACCCAGAUGUAAAGUAUCAGGACAAAGAGUCGGCCAGGUCUCGAUCCAUGGCUAUGGACAGCAUGGGAGGAGAAGUGCCAGACAAGUACUAUGUUGUCCUGAACAGUGAUUUGGUGAAAGUGCGCUACUUGCUGGUGUACAACAGGAACUUGCCACAGGCUAGGUCCGAGGGCUCCGGAUCGUGGCUAAGGUGGAUGGGGAGACACAAGCUGCUGACAUUCAUGUUGUGCUAUGUGGUGCUGCUUGUCUCCGUGGGGCUGUCCAGCAGUCAGCUGGCUCAGCAGUUCUACCAUCUCGUGCUGAAGCGCACAGGCCUCUAAAGCAUUUCCUAUUACCAAAUGUGAUAUAUUUUUAUAAGACAAUCCAAAUGGAUUUUAGACACAAAGUUGAAUUUGCAUUUAUAUGAUUGUCACAUUCCUCUUUAUUUAUCUGCGGUUCAUCUGCUACAGAACCAAUAAAUCAACAACUUUAAUAGAUUUUGGUUCAUGUCCCUAUUAUCCCUUCAGGGUUUAGAGACAUCAUUGCCUGAGUACUGCAAUGUUUUGUCUCCACUUUUGGCAAAAAUGAGAUAAUUCAUUUUCAAAUUAUUUGUAUCAUGUUGCUUUGUCUAUAUACACUUUCAUAGAUUGACCGUACUGACUAGUGUGAGAUUUCAGAAUUAUUUUGUUCUAAGCCACAUUUAAACCACAGCUGAUUCCCUAAC